UGUGCCCGGCCGGCCCAGCCCGGCCGCUCCUCAGUCGGCGAGCGAGCGUUGACGGGGGAGGACGCGCCUCGGCUCCGCUCCGGCCUCGGCCUCGAAGCCUCCCUUUCCCUCACAGAAGGAGCCUUCCAUUGGCCUCACCAUGGAGUGAAGGCUCCCCCGGUAGGCAGGCUGGCCGGCCUAGGCCGCCUCCGCCGCCGCCGCUUCGAUGGCUCUGGUGACGGUGCAGCGCUCGCCCACCCCGAGCGCCACCUCCAGCCCCUGCGCCUCGGAGGCUGACAGUGGGGAAGAUGAUGCCCGUCUCCAACCCAGAAGCAUCAGCGAAAGCUUUCUCACCGUCAAAGGGGCUGCCCUUUUCCUGCCACGUGGAAAUGGUUCCUCGACCCCCAGGAUCAGCCACCGGCGGAAUAAACAUGCAGGGGAUCUCCAGCAACACUUGCAAGCCAUGUUCAUGCUGCUCCGUCCAGAAGACAACAUCCGCCUGGCUGUAAGACUGGAAAGCACGUUCCAGAACCGCACCCGGUACAUGGUGGUGGUCUCCACCAACGGUCGGCAAGACACCGAGGAAAGCAUCGUCCUGGGAAUGGAUUUCUCUUCCAAUGACAGCAGUGUGUGCACGAUGGGCUUGGUCUUGCCGCUCUGGAGCGAUGCCCUCAUUCACCUGGAUGGCGAUGGGGGCUUCAGCGUCUCCACCGACAACAGGAUCCACAUCUUCAAGCCGGUGUCCGUGCAGGCCAUGUGGUCCGCUCUUCAGAGUCUCCACAAGGCGUGCGAAGUGGCCCGGAUCCACAACUACUACCCGGGCAGCCUCUUCCUCACCUGGGUCAGCUACUACGAGAGCCACAUCAACUCAGACCAGUCUUCCGUCAAUGAAUGGAACGCCAUGCAAGAUGUCCAGUCCCACCGGCCCGAUUCGCCAACCCUCUUCACGGAUGUCCCGACGGAGCGUGAGCGAACGGAGCGUUUGAUCAAGACCAAGCUGCGGGAGAUUAUGAUGCAGAAGGACUUGGAGAACAUCACAUCCAAGGAGAUCCGGACGGAGCUAGAAAUGCAGAUGGCCUGUAACUUGCGGGAGUUCAAGGAAUUCAUCGACAACGAGAUGAUUGUGAUCCUGGGACAGAUGGACAGCCCCACCCAGAUUUUUGACCAUGUCUUCCUGGGUUCUGAGUGGAACGCCUCCAACUUGGAAGACCUGCAGAACCGAGGGGUCCGGUACAUAUUGAACGUCACCCGAGAGAUCGACAACUUCUUCCCCGGCGUUUUCGAGUACCACAAUAUCCGUGUUUACGACGAGGAGGCGACAGACCUGUUGGCGUACUGGAACGAUACCUACAAGUUCAUCUCCAAAGCAAAAAAGAACGGAUCCAAGUGCCUGGUUCACUGCAAGAUGGGGGUCAGCCGGUCGGCUUCCACGGUGAUCGCUUACGCCAUGAAGGAGUACGGCUGGAACCUGGACCGGGCCUACGACUAUGUGAAGGAGCGCCGCACCGUCACCAAGCCCAACCCCAGCUUCAUGAGGCAGCUGGAGGAAUACCAAGGCAUCCUCCUGGCCAGUAAACAGAGACACAACAAGCUGUGGCGGUCACAUUCGGACAGCGAUCUCUCCGACCAUCACGAGCCGUUGGGCAAGUCCGGGAUGGAGGUGAGCAAGAAGGAGAUCACCACUUCAGCGGACCAGAUCUCGGACAACAAGACCUCCAACUGCCUUCAACACCCGCCGGCAUCGGGUCUCCCCGCCAUCCCACCGGUGGAACCCCUGUGCCAUUCUGGCCCCAACCUCCUGGGGAACCUAUGUAACAAAGAACGGGUGAUCCAGCUGGAGAUAUCAUCGAGAGACUACAACACCGAACAGAUGGAGGACAAGUUGAACUUGAACAAUCUCAAUGGCUGCCCUUCUGGAUGUUGCUUAGACGAUGCUUCGUUUCCCUUGGACAAUUGCGAUGCGUCGGAUGCCUUAUUACAGCAGGGAGAAGCCCUGGAGGUGGCCACUGGAUUCCCAGACUUGACAGUGGAGGAUUUGGAAAGCGAUGCCCUCAAGCAAGGAGAUGGGAACGUCCACUUGAUGCCUAUGGAAGAGCUGGAGUCUUGCUUGCAAGAUGUUUCCGGACAGAACUCUCCCAGCCCUCCAAUGCCAGCUGUCACAGCAUCGCAACCUGAGGAAGCAGACUUCGGGGCAGACAGGAUCGACUUCUUCAGCGCCUUGGAAAAAUUUGUGGAACUCUCUCAGGAGAGUCGACCUCGGACUUGUUCCCAUUCCAGGACGGAGGACCAAGUCAGCAACCGGAAUGGCUUGUCAAGGAUCUCUGCGUUGGAUCUGUCACCUUCAGAGCCCAUGGAAGAUGCUCAGCCACGGGACAGCUCUGCAGGCAACUCCCCACAAGCGUCAGAGGAAUCUUCUGUGGAGGAGGACCAGCUAAAGGUCUCCAGCCUGACGCGAUCCCAUUCAGAAAAUGCCAUCUCGGUUAAAGAAAUAGUCACUGAAAUUGAGUCGAUCCACCAGGGAGCGGGCCAAGCAAAGACAGACGCAUUGAACAACCCAGUUCCGCCACCAAAGAGAAACACCGUCCAUGAGUUACCUGCAGAGUCAGUCUGGGCCUGGGAAAGCAGGACUGGAAAAGCUGAGUCCGCUGAGGGAGGUGGCUCUGUCCCGAAGGAAGCGGCUAGAGAGCCUUCGAAACUGGAUCAGGAACCAGCUUUUGUCCCUCAGGUGCCUUCCGGUAAGCCGGACCCAGAAGAAAGCAGCGAUUUGGCAGAAGGCCUGACAGAGGGUCACGUUAACCCUGGACCAAAGUGGUGCUCAGGGUCUGUACGGCGGGCCACCCUGGAGUUUGAAGAGCGUCUGAGGCAAGAGCAAGAGUUGCAGCACACUUCCCCUGUUGCUGCCUUACCCACCCGGAAGAACUCAAAGAACGAAUCCACAGCAACCGAUCUCCCUGUGAAGGGUAAGAAUGAAGAACCGUCUCACGAUCCGGCUCAGCUCUCCAAGGACAAGGAGGCCUCGAGAGCUGGCAGUGCUGGGACUGGAAUUGGUUCUGAACAGCCCACCGAAAGACCUUCAUCUCCCUCCCACGAUGGUCUGUCGGCAGAGCUAGCAUGGUUAGCCAAAGAGCACAGAACAGUGGUUGCAGCUGAAAAUCAUGAGAAAACAUCUGCUCCUUGCCGCCUUCUCCUCCCAAAAAGAAUCGAGAUCAUUGAGUACACCCACGCGGUCAGGACCCCCAUUCUCUCGGGUGGCAACAUGGCAGCAGCAGAGAGGAGUGGCCCACAAGAGGCGUUGGAGAAACACAAGGUGGUGGCACCCUCAACAGCGGUGGAUGAAAACUGCAACGCCGCCUCAUGCUCCCAGGAUCUUGCAGGAACAUCGACUUCACUCAAGCCCUCCGAUUUGGAUGGCGGGAGUUUAAAGAAAUUGGUCUUCUCCUUGGGCAGCCCCGAUGACCAAGAGGAGGAAAAGGAGGAGAAAUAUCUUGGGCCGUCGUCUAACACAGACCCUUCUCGGUGCGCUAACCAGGCAAGAUGUCCGCCCGUGCCGUGCUGGGAUUGCCGGCCUCACUUCCACGUGGAGGGCGUCACUCAGGACAGCACAAGCUCAGACCCGGACCCAACGCCUCAGACAGGCUACGCUGGAAACGGACAGUUUGACUUCGAAGAGAGAGGGAGCACCCUGCGCAGGAGGAGUGAGGGUGCCUUGACACACUGGAGCCAAGAGGACUUUGUUUCACCCCGUACAUUAGGGGCAAUGGCGGCAGGGCGGCCCCCUGAAGCUUCCCCCGCCUCCCCACUUUGUGCCGUCUUGCCACGCAGCUCCAGUGGCGACAACCUCAAAGACUCAAACAGGGCUGAGGUGUUGGAAGCCCGGGUCCGGCAAGCAGGCCUCACCGCCCCUUCCCACAUGAAGCGCUCCGCCUCCUUGGCCAAGCUGGAUCGCCUGAACUUGUUGAAAGACGACUUAUCUGGGAGGGACUCUCUCCCUACGGGUGCCCACCCGGGGUCUCCGGAUUCGCUCCGCACCCCUUUCGGACACAGGGAUCCCAGCUCGCCACGCCAGGCUGUCGUCCCGCCGCCCAGCCCUGCCAUCAUCUCGUUGCCUGCCUCCUUGACCCCCCAGCCCACAGUGCAUUUAGUGGAACAGCUCAAACUGAUGGAGUGCAUUGCGUUGAGCAGGCCGGUGGAGAGACCUCUGGUUCAGUACACCAAAGAGUUCAAUCCAGCCCGGCAGCUCCCGGACGCCAAAUUGACUAGCACUCAAACGGACGGGCUGCCCGGUUCAGGGAUGGCCUACCCGACCGAACAGCCGCCCGUAAACCCUUGGUAUCAACCCAGUAGAACUCGACCGCCCAGACGACCGAGGAAAGCGAACGACAGGAAGCGUACAACCAACUCACUGUACAAUACCAUGUGAACCUGGGUCCUCUUUCUCUCCCCCGUUCCCUUCCCCUCCCCAACUUUUGCAAACCCCCCUUGUUGUGUUCUUCUAAUGGGGCAGAUGUAAUAUAUAUUGAGACAUGCACUUUAUUAGUUAGGGUAAUGUUUUGUUUUUUUAAUAUCUAUCUAUCUAUAUAUAUAUGUUCGUUUAUUUUUACCGUUCCCUGUUGCAUGUAGGUUCCAAGGUGGCUGGUUUCAUAGUAGUCUGCCUUCUUCUCCCAUGCAAGUGACUGCAAGAUCACAGGGUUUAUUUUUUGUGGGGGAAGAGUUUUGCAUUUUGUUAUUUUCAUAUUAAGAAAACCUUUUGGGGGAAAUCAGUAAACCUCAGUGGUGGGUGGGCUUUUGUUUUGGUUGGUUGGCUUUGUCUUAAAAGAACACCCCUCCUCUUCCUCUUCUUUUAAAGCGUCGCACGGGAGUAAGGAUGAGACAUAGAUUUGGCUUUGGCUUGAUCCAGGGGGCAUAUGGAAGGGACUCUUCCUUCGAAGAACCUGCUGGCAAAGGGGGCAUCGGAACGGUUCCCGAAUCAGCGUUCCUGUCCUGCAGAUCCUCUCUGAGAUCUACGCAGGUUCGUUUCUUGCAAAUCCCCUCAAGGUAGAUUACUUGGGCGGAAAGAUCAGGAGCCGCUCCAUGCUUUGAGCUCCGAUCUGGUUAUCCUGGCUGGGGCCGUAAGGUACCAGGCUCAUGUUUGUUGGCAUGAUUGGGACACACGGUGCCAAAUUAUCCUCGUUCCUGCCCAGGACUGCAAAACUUGGUGCUUCUAGGUUUGUUCCUAAUUUUUCUCCAGGCUCCUCCAAACCCAACCAUUUGGCCAGCAAGCCCUGCGCAGGAAACCGGAUCAGGAAUGGCGUGGUCUUCUUGGUUGUCUUGGAGUGCAGCUGCCUUAAGCCUCGCCAGUGGUGAAGGAGGCUGGGAGUUGCAGUCCAGCCACAUCUGGAAAGCCACACCAUUCCCAAUGGUGUGUUAGAACGGCUGCUCAGGGAACGAGGGAACUCUUGCGUGGGUCUCCCUCGAACUCCAUUCGCAAAGGCGGCCUCCGGUGUCAAAGCGGGCCGCUUUUCAGCAUGAGUUGAGAGCAAGUCUUUACCAAUUCUGAUUUAGAGGCAUGGAAGAGGAAGAGGAGACCUUUGGGAAGAGGGAGAGUGUUCUCUUAAAACAAACCUUUUUUCUUUCUGAGGGUUUUUGUUUUAAAGCCCUUUCAUUACUUGAAUAAAACGGUGGGCGUUUAUGAGUUGGCUUUUUUAAAACCUUCUUGACUCUGCAAAGAGCGUAGCUUCCCUCUGGCUCCUCUCUGGCCUGCAAACAGUGGUCAGGACACCUUCCCUUACUCCUCUCCCACUCCUCUAUUGGAAACAAAUGGAGUUUAUAGAUUCCAUCCCUCUUUUAUUAUCAUCGUUUCUCCCUCUCUCCGUCUAUACAUUCAUGCACAAAGGUUUUCCCCAUCAUCUCAGCCCUCCGUCCCCAAGGACAAAGAGGGACAAGCUUCUUCUAACACUGUAGACAAGUCUUUUGUGGGGGGAUAUCUUCUUUUCUUUUGCAGAAGGGGGUCCCCUUGUAUCUCAUAAACUGGAAGGCUGGCUUAUCUUCAUUAUCUCAUGUGCUUCCGUGCGCACGUUCUUCCUCUUGCUCUGCGUUUGUCUGGCUCGUUUUUCUUUAUGGGGAACUCUUUCCGAGUCGUGCCAAAACAGAUGUGCCCUUUUGGCGAUCCUCAUAAUCUUUUGGGGUCUCCCCUCUAUUUCUCCUGCACCGUCUUUGGCCCCAAAAUAUAUUCUUCCUUUUUUAAAAGGUAUUUGUCUGCUCAAAUACCUUCUAGGAGCGUUUUCACCUUGUUUUUUAGGAGGGCGGAUGGGGCGUUCUCUCCUGAGCAUAAAAACAUGGCCCAAGAUGACGUCCUAGAAGGCAUUCAGGGGCAAACGGUUUUGUUUGGGGAAAGGGUGCGAUGGGGGGGGGACCCAGUCCUCCAAGGUCUCCUGGAUGGGC